CUCCGCCGCUCCUCUCCGCCGGCGCCGCUACAAAAUCAAGUCUCCAUUUCUUCAUCGUGAGAGGCAGAGAAACGAAAUAGGACUAAUUUUUUUUGCCCCUCUUUGCUCCGCCGCGCCGUUGCUCCAUAAACCCUAACUCUUCACCAAAACGUGCAGAUUUUUCUUACGCCAUUUUCUAAUGGCGUCAUCCAUGAAAUUCACAGAUUGUUCUCCCUCCACCACUGUUCGACUUCUUCCAUACACUCGAACCAGGCUCAGAAGCUCCGAUGGCGCCGUUCUCUCUCACCGUCUUCUCGCCCUUCCUCGUCCUGCAAUUGCAUAUCCUACAGCUUUCGUUUCUCGCUCUUCCGCUUCAACCUUGCCCGUCGUCUCCGCUUCAAUUUCGACCGAGUCAACUGCAAAAGUGAUCGAUGGAAAAUUGGUGGCGAAGCAGAUUAGGGAGGAGAUUACGGCUGAGGUAUCUAGAAUGAAGGAGGCUAUUGGCGUUGUUCCUGGCUUAGCAGUCAUCCUUGUUGGAGAUAGGAAGGAUUCUGCAACUUACGUACGAAACAAGAAAAAAGCUUGUGAAUCGGUGGGCAUUAAAUCUUUUGAAGUGAACUUGCCUGAGGAUUCGACCGAGCAAGAAGUACUCAAAUACAUAUCGGGCUACAAUGAUGAUCCAUCCGUUCAUGGCAUCCUUGUUCAGCUACCUUUACCUAAACAUAUGAAUGAACAAAGUAUAUUGCAUGCUGUAAGCAUUGAAAAAGACGUAGAUGGGUUUCAUCCGCUGAACAUUGGUCGUCUUGCGAUGAGAGGUGAAGAGCCAUUGUUUGUUCCAUGUACGCCCAAAGGGUGCAUUGAACUAUUGCAUAGAUACAAUAUCAGCAUCAAAGGAAAGAGAGCUGUUGUAAUUGGUCGAAGCAAUAUUGUAGGAACUCCUGCUGCUCUUUUGCUUCAGGGAGAAGAUGCAACUGUCAGUGUAGUUCAUUCUAGGACCAAGGACCCUGAAGAGCUAACAAGACAAGCAGAUAUCAUUAUCUCAGCGGUUGGCAAAGCAAAUAUGGUUAGGGGUAGUUGGAUAAAGCCCGGCGCAGUUAUUAUCGAUGUUGGAAUCAAUCCAGUAGAGGAUGCAAGUAGUCCUCGUGGCUACCGACUGGUCGGAGAUGUCUGUUAUGAGGAGGCCAGCAAAAUUGCUUCAGCCAUUACUCCUGUACCUGGGGGAGUCGGGCCAAUGACGAUAGCAAUGCUUCUCUCCAACACGCUCACAGCAGCAAAGAGAACACACAACUUCCAGUGAAAUUUUGGAAGUUCAUGAUUUUGGAAUAACCCCAAUGUGAGCAUAUCUUUUCAAGUCAUUUUUCAACUUCUUUUCUUUUGGGAGAAUUGACUUGUGGGGAUUGUCCUGCUUGUGUUGCAAGCAACUGGUUCCACCUUGUGUUUUACUGGAUUUAUUCCAUUUUGAAUAAUCACAGG